CGCGCAUCUCUUCUCUUUGCUUGAAAUACCACCAGAAUCGUAAUUUCAAGCCCGGAGCCUAACCCGCCCCAGCCCCAGCCCCAUUAAUUCAUGACGGCAGAACAUAGACGGUAAUUCACGCUUUUCUCUUCCACCCAACCCCCGAUCGCCUCUAAACCCCCCACUUGGCCACAGCGCUGUCUCCGCCUGCCAUCGACUGGUGAUUCUUUCGCAGUCUUCAGCUCUCGAUAUAUUUCUAUAGCCCAAAGCCAGGGGAUUCUAUUGUAAAAGAGCCAUCUGCUGGUUUCUACUUUUACGCAUAAUUUUGAAGGAUCACUUGCAAACUAAUGGAGUCAGCAGAGGUGAUGGGUGCCCAGAAAGAUAAGGUUCGGGUAAAGAGGAAAACCUUGGAAGCAGUACUGCAACAAUGCCAUUGGGCCCUCCAGCAGCUUGCAUCUGGAUGUGAUGAUGACGAUAACAGUGAUGAUAAUGUUGAUUGUGAACAAGAGGUUCCCCAAGACUCUGCGGAAACAUCUGCUCCCACCAAUUAUGAUACCGACACAACUGAGUUAUAUGGCCUCUUGAAAUCCGGAGUUGAAUGUGCUGAUUUCAUCAAGAAACUAGAAAAUGCCAAGGCAUCUCUUCCAGGAAACAUGGCUGAGGAACACAGUUCCUGGGACAUGGUCAGUGAAAAUGACCUUUGGGAUGGUGAAAAUGUUGAUUUGGACUCAGAAGACUAUGUUUUAGUCGGUCAAGAAGAUAUAAUGGAUGGUAUAGCAUCAUUCAUGGCUGCAUACCUGUUAUCCCUUAAGCAAACUAAGGAUUUGUCACCCAACCAACUCCAAGCAGCUUUGAGCAAGACUUUCUCUUUAAAGAAGAAGAAGGGUAAGCUUCGGAAGGCAUGGGAUGGAAGCAAAGUGAUCUAUAAUGUAGCAUCAUGGGGAGCUACUGCCAUUGGAAUUUAUCAAAACCCAGCCCUCUUUAGGGUUGCCUCCACCGCAUUCUGGAGUUCAUGUCAUGUUAUCUCAAAGCUCUUCUGAGCUGCAUCAGUGACUCGCUUGUACAGUAUGUUAUCUCAAAGCUCUUCUGAGCUGCAUCAGUGACUCGCUCGCACGAUACGAUGAUUGCAUUAGACUAUUGCAACAGGUGUUAUCGAGGCCAAAUUGUGUGCAGUUUGCUACUUGUGUGACCUGUUCGUGCCCCACAGCUUUUUAAUCAUGUAAAUAUCUAUGCGAUCUGUACAUGUUUCUUCAGCUAGUUGAAAUUGUUUUAUUGGGUUUAA